AUGGCUUCCUUCAACACCACUUUUGUGCUCAACAUUAGUCCACAAACAACCCCUGGUGGAGAAGGCUUGGCCUUUAUCUUAACUUCAGAUAUCACUCUCCCAGAAAACAGUGAUGGAGAAUGGCUUGGUAUUGUAAAUGCUAGUUCUAAUGGAACUUCACAGGCUGGUAUUCUUGCAGUGGAGUUUGACACAAGAAAAAGUUUCCCAGAAGAUGGCCCUGACAACCAUGUUGGCAUCAACAUAAACAGCAUCAACUCCAUUAACCAGGCCCCAUUAAUAAACACUCGGGUCAAUCUUUCGUCUGGUCAAGAUGUCAAAUUUCUCAUUCAGUACUUCAAUGACACAAUAUCAGUUUUUGGUGCCAUGAAUGGAACUUCAGGAGAAUCUAUGGAGACCCUUUUGGUAUCUCCACCUCUUAACCUAUCUUCCAUUCUUCAACAAGAGGUUUACCUUGGUUUCUCCGCCUCAACAAGUAACUACACGGAGCUGAACUGUGUAAGAUCGUGGGAAUUCAGUGGUGAAGAUAUUGGAGAUAAUCACAAAAGUCUAUUGUGGGUUUAUGUCACUGUUCCAGUUGUGAUUGUUUUUCUUGUCAUAGGUGGGUUGGUGAUCUUUUUCUGGUGCUGGCAAAGGAGUCGCCAAAGGGAGAGUCCAGAAGAUGCCUAUCCAAGGAUAGAGGAUCAGAUUCAAUAUUCCUCCAUGGCUCCAAAGAAGUUUAGGCUAAGGGAAAUAACAAAAGCAACUGGUGGAUUCAGCCCUCAAAACAAGCUUGGAAAAGGUGGGUUUGGAACUGUCUAUAAGGGGCUAUUGGAAAAUAAGGAGGUAGCUGUGAAGAGAAUCUCCAAGAACUCACGCCAAGGGAAGCAAGAGUUUGUGGCAGAAGUGACAACAAUUGGAAGCCUUCACCAUAGAAAUUUGGUGAAACUCACUGGUUGGUGCUACGAGAAUAGAGAGCUCCUCCUUGUGUAUGAGUUCAUGCCUAAUGGCAGCCUGGACAAGUACCUCUGUGGUGACCAAAAUUUUGGUAAUGAUGACGUUGAAGGAGGGUAUUCUUUAAUACUGGAUUUGGAAACAAGGCACCGAGUGAUUCAUGGUGUGGCUCAAGCACUUGACUACCUUCACAAUGGGUGUGAGAAGAGGGUUCUCCACAGAGACAUCAAGGCCAGCAACAUAAUGCUGGACUCAGAUUACAAUGCCAAGUUGGGAGACUUUGGAUUGGCUAGAACAAUUCAGCAAAGAAAUGAAACACACCACUCUACAAAAGAGAUUGCAGGCACACCUGGGUACAUGGCCCCAGAAACCUUUCUCACGGGGAGGGCAACAGUGGAGACAGAUGUGUACGCAUUUGGGGUUCUUGUGUUGGAAGUAGUGUGUGGAAAAAGGCCGGGGAAUGUGUAUGCACAAGAUGACUACAAGAACAGCAUUGUGUAUUGGGUGUGGGAUUUGUAUGGGAAGGGAAAAAUAGUUGGUGCUGUUGAUUCAAGGUUGACAAAGGAGGGGAUUAAGGUUGAAGAAGUGGAAUGCGUUCUUGUUCUUGGCUUGGCUUGUUGCCAUCCAAAUCCACACCAAAGGCCAUCCAUGAGAACUGUUCUUCAGGUUCUGAAUGGGGAAGCACCUCCACCUGAAGUGCCUAAGGAAAGACCAGCUUUUAUGUGGCCUGCUAUGCCUCCAUCCUUCAAAGAAGCUGAAGAUAGCUCCCUCGUCCAGGGAACACUCACUCCAUUCACUGAAAUCACUGGCAGAUGA